AUGAUCGUGCCCGAGAACCGUGCAGUAGCGCCCGUCUCGUCGGGCCCGGCAAACACUGUGCUUCCCCAUCUUGGGGCGACGCCCCCGAGACCGACCCCGAACCCGACAAGCUCGACGCCAACAGCGCAAGCCACCAUGCCGGACACCGCGGGCCUGGAGGGGAAAUCCCGCACGCUCCAGGGCCCGUCGGCCGCUGACUGGGCAAGGCACCGCGAGACCAUCGUCGGCCUAUACAGGCAGUACCCGUUGAAGCGGUCAACCGAGGGUCCUAGUGGACUCGUGUCGGCCGCCAAUGGACGUCUUCUUUUCCUCGUUGCCGUUGCCGGCCAAGGUGGCCGCUUUAACGCUCGCAUGUAUGACAAGCGAUUCCGGGAAUGGCAUGUCUUUAAGAACGUCAACAGCGACGAGAGAGCGCGGGCUGCGCGGCGGGCUCCGGGCUCUGCACCUUUGUCGCCCCCGAGACAGGAAGACGGCGAGAACUUUAGCAAGGAAGACUUGCGCAGAACCCUCCGAUGCGCCAGGACGAUUCAGCAGGGGGGAAGGCCGAUGGCAUCAACAAGCACACCCCCCACCCCUGUCGACGCCCGGGCCGCAACUCCACCACCACAGUACAGGCCGCCGCGACGGAGCAUCAGCAUCUCGGACUUGAUCAAGCCUGAAGAUGACCCGCAGGGGGGCGCCGCCUCCAGCUUGCCUCGUCAAGGAGGAUCCUCACGCACGCCAUUCUCACCACCCAGUACCCCAAGCAUUACCACUGGUUCAAGUCCCAGAUCUUCGGCCGAGAGCGACCAAGGGCAAGACGACCGGACUGCCCUCGUCGUAUCCGACUCGCCAGGCCCCGGCAUCGCCGCUUACAAGGAGCAGCUCCAGCAUCUGUUCAACGCCCCUCCCCAGUCCAUUUCCCCAGACUCGCAAACACGAACUAUGGGCAUCAUUACCUUGAAGCUUCGGGAGUAUUAUGACUGGCAACUUAAUAACAUCCCGGAAGGUGUCCUCCCUGAUGAGUAUCUGGGGCGCAGAUCCCCUGAUGAAUCCACGCGCUAUUGGAAUACCAUCAAGGACGCUAUCUAUCUCGUUAAAAUCUCGGCCGGUUCGGCUUCCGGUUCUAUCGAAGACCUCGACGAUCGCCCCGACCGACGAGCGUGGUCUGCCUUUUCUGAGGCAGGCUGUCUCGCGGCGGGGGCCAUGGCCACCCAACCGUUCGACUUCCUGCGGAACCUCUUUGCUACGCUCUCCCCAGUCAACACCAGCGCCCGCCCAGAACUCCGAGGCAUCCUACUCCGGUUCCUCAGCAGCGAGGCCCAGAGCAGCCUCUCCUCCAACCACCCAAUCACCCAGAUUUGCAAGGAGCUGCAGCAGGAUGAAGGCUGCCAGGAGAUCUCGCAACGCAGCCUGCAGUGCAUGCUCGACAUCUUCAACACCCGGCUUGGACGAUCGAGGGCUAUCACUUUCAAACUCCUCGACUCGCUCGCUACCCUUCUCCGCCGAAGUGGCGAAUAUCACGCGGGCCUGGAGAUCAUUACGGAGCUGCUCAACUCAUCCCGCCCAGUAUUCGGGCCAAAUUCGGACCAAGUGCGCUCAGUCGAGAACGAACUCGCCCACUUUUACAUGCUAAGCGGCGAGCCCGAUUUGGCACUCAGCCACUGUAUGUCCGUGAUUACGAGACCACCAACCUCAGCCGCAGCGUCGCAGGAUGAGCCCACCUUCUACCAGGACGGUAUUGCUGCGCACACUAUGGAGGAUAUUGCCGAGAUUCACCAGCGACGCGGGGACCUGGAGCAAUGCAUCACCUGGCUGGAGCGCGCGGCAUCGAUAGCACUAGUUGUUUGGGGGCCAAAAUCGAUUGCUACCAGUCAUCUGAUUGACAAGAUGACGAGCUUGCAGCGGCAGUUCGGCAAGGAUCUGCUGAGGAGCGCGACGCUGUGGGAAGCCGCGAUUGUCAAAAAGUCGGUUUGA